UAAAUGAAAGUCGUCAGUUGGGAUUGGAGUGGUUUUGUUAUGUUUUUGGUGUUCUAAUGAGAAACAGUUUUAGAGAUGAAUUUCAAAAUAAAUUACACCAUACUCGUAGUAAUUGCUGUUGGCCUCCUAGGCACUUCUGGUGAUAUCACCAUGACCUGGUCGUCUCCCAUGUACUCAAAACUAUACUCCAACGACACCUCCAUCAAUCCACUGGACGAACCCAUCAACUCCAACCAAGAUGCCCUCAUAGGAUCGCUGAUAAACAUAGGGGCCAUAAUUGGACCAUUUCCAUUCAGUCUUAUGGCUGAUAAAUUUGGUAGAAAGUUAACUCUCCUGUGUGUAGGAGUUCCGCAUCUCGUGGCAUAUCUCAGUUUCGCGUUUGCUAAUAGCGUUUAUUAUUUUUAUUUUGGGAGAUUGUUUGGAGGUAUAGGUGUAGGAGCAGGUUACGCAUUGCUACCCAUGUACUUGGCAGAGAUAAGCGAAGAUUCCAAUAGAGGAGUUAUAUCUGCCUCAUUGAUGGUGUUCUGGUCCUUUGGGGAUCUUUUGCCUUAUGUUAUAGGUCCCUUUUUAUCAGUAUUAGUAUUUAACUUGAUUUUGGCCUGUUUUCCUUUGGUAUUUCUUAUUCUAUUCUUUUUAUUUGGAGUCGAAACUCCUUAUUAUUGGUUAACGAAAAAUCGAGAGGAUAAAGCGGAAGAAUCCUUGAUGUACUUAAGAUCAUUAAAUAAAAAAGAUGUAGAAAAAGAAUUGGAACACAUCAGGAAGAAUUUUAAAAGGGAAGAGGGCAUGCAUUUUACCGAUAUAGUACAUAAUCCUGCGCUGAGAAAGGCUUUCCUUAUUUCCAUAUCGCUUAUAGCGUUACAACAACUUGGAGGUAUUAACGCUAUUGCUUUUUAUUUGCAACCUAUAUUCGAAGCUUCUGGUAGUAAGUUGUCUUCUAAUAUAUCCUCUGUUAUUUACGGAAUUGGCAUGUUCUUCUCAAGCUUUAUUGCCCCUUUAGUGAUCAACAGAUUCGGCAGGAAAACUUUGGUAAACUUUUCCUGUUUAGGAACAACUUUAUCCCUGGUGGUUUUAGGGGCAUUCUUUUAUAUUCAUGACUCCACAGAUCUCAGUACUGAGUCAAUUUUCUGGUUGCCACUUGUCAGUGUAAUAUCUUAUUUAUUUUUCUUCUCAUCUGGAAUCUCUAUCUUACCUUGGACCAUUGCAGCAGAACUGUUUCCUACCAGUUGUAAGCAAAUAUCUUCAUCGAGCGUUUCAAGUUCUUGUUGGAUAACGUCAUUUGUAGUGACCCAGUUCUUCAACAACAUGGUCGCUUUGAUGACCACAGCAGGUGUAUUUUGGUUCUUUGCAGCUUGGUCUCUUUUUUCAGUGGUCUUCUCUGUACUGUUUGUUCCAGAGACUAAAGAUAAGAGCUUUAGAGAGAUUCAGGAUAUGUUAGGGUCAUGAUAUUUUUAAUUUUUGUAGACAUAUUAAUUUAUCUCUAAAUACAUUCUACAGAAAUAGUAUUCUGUAAUAUUUCUGUUAAGCUAUAUGUAUUUUACUUGAAUUUAAUUAAGUGGAUAUAUUUAUAAAUUUUAUUAAUAUUGUAAGCAUUGUUUUUAAGAAUAUUUAUUAUAAAUAAAUAAGUAGGAAUCCUU